AUGCAAAAAGAAAUACCCGGCUUCUACUACGAUCCAGUAAAGAAGCGUUAUUUCAAAGGAAGCGCACCCAGAGCAGAGCCGACCAUUCAAGACACUGCCCCGCUGCCUAAAGAGCAGCCAAUUUCAAUUCCGCAAUAUGUCCGCAGCCAGAGAAUCCGCCCAAAUCGAAACUAUGAUCCCAUCGCUCGUUUUUCCCAAGUCCAGAGCGAGAUGCGAUUGCCACCCAGUGUCCAGGAUGUUAAAAAGAUCUCCUUCUCCCGCUGCGGCAAAACCUGCAUUUCGUUGAGUAAAUUCGGUCAAGCUCGGGUCAUCCCGCUUCAAAAGUUCAAAACCUCAGACAUAGAUGAGACGAAGUCGUUUCGUUUCUACGACGCGGUGACGAACGAGCAGCCAGUGUGCGACGCUGAUUUUGACUUUGUUCCCGGCCAAGUUGGCGGAAUGAUGACUGCGAUGGCGUUGACCCCUUGUCAUAGCGUGCGGCAGAGUUCUUCGUUCAUUGGAGUUUGUAGAUUCGACGACGACGGGAACGAAAGCGUCGUUUCUUAUAAUGUAGGCGGCGAAGGUAACUACGAUGGGCGAUACAUAAGAAGAGGAGGAGGUUCUUACGCCGAUAUAAAAUUCAUCAGCGAGUCGAAGUUAGUAUAUACUACCGGCCGAACCACCUUUCUUGCCGAAAACGUCGAACGUCCUUUUUACAUGGAAAAGACGAGGCGAGACAAUCCGACACUCAUCCGGAGACAGACACAGAAUUCACGCUACCCCUUCGAAAGCUGCAAUUCGACAAUCAUAGCCGUCACCACUGAUCCAGCGAUUCGAGAGACGCACAGUGGAGGAAAAAUGGUUGCCGAAGCUUUCACCGAUGGUUUCAUCCGUCUUUGGGACGUGUCGAAUGGCAACCAGCCGUUCUUCCAGACGAUAGCGAUGCCUCCUCAAUGCCGGGCUAGUUCGAUGCACAUUGAAAAUUUCAAUUUAACGGUUGCGUUCUACGGCCCACAAGCUAAAUUGUGUACCUAUGACUUGCGUUCCAGCACAGUAGUUCCUAUCCUCACAGCGCCGAUCUUCAACGAGAACAAAAAGCAACUAAAGCAUACUGCCAGCGAAUGCGGCCGCUACAUCGCCUUUCCAAACCAGUGCGGAACGAUUCGACUUUACGAGUCGAGGAAUCUUCGACCCUUCGCAGACUUCAAAAGCGACCGCUUCGACAGAACAGAUGACCAAGACUUCAUACCGGGUGCAGCUUUUUGUGGACAAAGACUUUUUUCUACGACAAGAAGCGGAUUUGGAAGCUUGGAGCAAUUUAAUUUAAUACUCAAUCAUCAGCACUCUUUUCUUUUUAGAAUGGAUGAUCCGACUGAAGAGGAAAUCGUGUCAUUUGAAGAAAGCGGAAAAGAAAUCAUGAUCUUGGACGGGGAUUUCGGAACGCCGGCGAAAGGACUUUUCCGCGACGCUGAUGGAGAUGUAUUUUACGUUGCGGUGAAAGAUGCUGAAGGAAGAUUGCCAACUGGCGACUCGCUCUUUUGCAAUCUCGUCGGGAUUUUCGGAGUGGAUGACUCGCUCCCAAAGGCGAUUUCCGCCGAAGAAUGGAUGACGCUGAGUCUGGAAGAAUACGUCUUCAGCAAAAGUUCUCCGAAAUCCCUCACUCAUGUGAACUUUGCCUAUGACAGCUGGAAUGGACUGGAACACAUUCAUACUGUGUUUGGGAAAGUUCACGGGCGUAUUCAUCCGAGAAAUAUUCUUGCUUUAGACACUGGUUUUAGCGGUUGGCUGGUAAAAAUUUCUGAUCUGGACGUCACGAGGCCACUUUCAAACUACGGCAAGGAAUGGACAAUUCAUCAAACCGAAGGAAAUCAUCAAGAAGGAGAAAAAGACGAUCUAAAGAGCUGGGCGACGAGCAUGAUCUUUAUGAUCACAGGCGAGAGCAUUCACUGGCAACGAUCAAGCGACACACAUCAUUCCCGCUGUCAGAAGAUGAAAGAAAGCUCGAGGAAAAAAGAAACGAGCUGGCGUCCUGAAAUCGUCCAAAAGCUCUCUUCCUACAAUCGUAAAACAGCUGAUAAACUGCUAAAGCUGCUGGAAAGCGGCAUCCCAGUUCAAUUUGACUUUCUGGACGAGUUCAAAAGCCAUUGA